AUGCGUCCCGACGCCAUUUCUCUUCUCGUGGCUUUCAUCGCUGUUGGAGGCCUUGAUGUGGUGGUUGCCCAGGAUGCUGCCGACGCGCACGUGGAACGGCCGCGUUGGUACUUCCCUCGCGAGGUGAAGCGAACGAUUCGCAACAACCGUAACUUCAACCCCGACCCAGGUUCGCUCAUCGACAACGUGUUUGAAAACCUUGUGACCCAAGGUUCUUCCUCCCAGUCCGGGAUCACUCCUACACCGGAGCCCUCGUCCACCCCUGCCGCGGCUCAGAGCCAGAAGGGAGAGGAAGUCGUUGUUGUGACCAUCUCUGUCGACCCCAAGAACCCUGAGAUCACCCACCGUAUUACCGGUACCACGACCAUUGGUGGUGAGCCGACUGCGACUACAACCACAACCACCAAAACAACCGAUGGAUCAAGCACGGAUAACAGCGUCCAGAAGAACUCCGAGGUUCCCUCCACUGAUGCUGACACCACGAGCCAGCAGCAGCCUGCUACCGACUCCUCGGUUGCCAAGGCCUCCACCACAGCCUCUACCGCGGCUGCGUCUUCCUCUAACGGCGGCCUCCUCGGCGUAGUAGGCUCUGGUCUGUCUUCUCUCGGGGAUGACCUUGGCCUGGGUGAAUCAAUUAGCAGUUCCGCAUCUGCAACUCCGGCUUCCACCGCCGGUUCAUCGGCCCAGGCCUCUACCACCCCCUCUACGACAGCCUCUACCACGGCUGGGUCUUCGUCCAACGGCGGCCUCCUCGGUGUAGUAGGCUCUGGUCUGUCUUCCCUUGGGGACGACCUUGGCCUGGGUGGUUCAACUAGCAGCUCUGCUUCUGCUUCUGUAACCUCGACGCCGGCCACCCUCGCCGAUUCGUCUGCUGCCAAGGCAUCUAGCACGCCUGUUUCCGCUUCUGAGGGUCUUCUCGGCGUAGUAGGCUCCGGUCUGUCUUCCCUUGGCGACGACCUUGGCCUGGGUGGCUCGACCAGCAACCUCGCUUCUGCGACCUCCAGUGCCGUCAGCCCCAAGGAAAGCUCUACAACAAGCUCAGGAACCGACCUCCUUGGUAUGUUACUGGGUGACAACUCUUCUGGAAACAGCACCAUUGCUACUGCAUCCGACUCUAGCGUACUGCCUACAAUCCCAGUCAGCGUCCCAGCCUCUGCCACUACCUCGGUCUCGGCCUCGGCCACCCCUACCUCUGGCGAUCUUCUUGGUGGACUUGUGUCCGGCGUGGAUACUCUGCUUGGUAUCACCCCCACAGGAACCGGUAGCACUGCCUUGAUCCCGACUGUGUCGAUGCCCGCCGGCAGUCUUUUGCCGUCCAAGUCGUCUGCUCUCAUUCCUGGAAUCAGUGGCACCACCAGUGGUGGUGUCCCAACCCCGACCAACUCCAUUGGAUCGGUUCCCGUUCCGCACUCGCCGGGUGCGGAGUCUGGCUCCGGGUCCGCUACUGCCUCUGCCGCUGGUAGUGGCUCUCACGAGACUCCGCAGGUUCCGACGCCCACUUCUCACCCUGUCUCCACUCCCCUUCCUCAGACGAGCGAGGCGAGCACGACCAAGACCGCAGUGGAACCCCAGACCACCUCAACCGAGACUCUCCUGCCAUCCACCUCCAACGAAAACGAUUGGAUGCCAUCAACCAUUCUCAUUAUGCCUUCCGUUGCCACAACCCACACCACAGCUUCUGGUCAGACCGAGAAGCCCCAGGCAACCUCCCUCCCUGGUUCUAUCACACCAUCGAACGAGAUUACCGAGGCUCCGUCUGACUCGACUCUGCUCCAGUUGGGUUUCAACGGCCAGCUGCCAUGGUCCUUCGUGGCAACAACUCCUCUGUCGUCGUCCCAGAUCUUCAAUUACACCCCGCAGGCCAUUGAAAACGCUUUACCCACUCUCUCCGCCAAGGACUAUCCCGUCAUGUUCGCGCUCGAACCUUAUUACAACUGGCAAGCUACUGGUUACAACGCCACCCUUGCCAUCUUCUAUUUCCCCCGCGAUAAGGUCGAGGCUCUGAGAGCCCUGAAGGUCAACCCUAACUCUGCUCUCUACAACCAGGCUAGUGAAUCUAUCCAGUCGUUGAUGACCAUGGUUGACCCCACGAUUCCUCUGGAAUUCUCUGGCAACUACCCUACCGGUGGUAGCGACUCGUCUACUGGAAACACCGACAACGGCAACAAUGAUGGCACCGACGGUGGCAGCAACAACGGCGAUGGCUCCGCCAGCAGCUCCAAGACCAAGGCUAGCUCCGUUGGCAUUGGUGUCGGCGUCGUAGCCGGUGCCGCCGCUUACGGUGCCGGUAUGUUCUGGGUUGCUCGUCGUUACCGCAAGAGAAAGCAGCUGCACCAGCGCUCUAGCUCGACUGUCGAGCAGAUGAGCCAGGGUGGCUCCGCAGCCGGCUCCGUUUUCGCUGCCGGUGGCCGCACUUCCCCCAGCCAGAACAGCCGUGGCACUGCUCGGUCUCAGAUGAUCAGUGCCCCUGUCAUGGCCGAAAACUCUUUGGGAUGGAACUAG